AUGGGGUUCAGACGCUGGCUCCAGAAACAAAGACAGAAGCACUCUUCUUCUUCAUCUGCAAACGAAACCGUCGCAGUCAAUUCUGACGAUGCACGCCAAGGCCAAGGGCGUCAAGACGUGACGAACGCAAUCGAAUCGCGCAAUAACAUUGACUCAACAGACGAUCGAACCUGCCGAAUUGAAACAACUGAAAGAUCAAAGACCUCUAAAGUCGAUUAUGCGCCAUCCACGUUAGACAAUACUCCGAUUCAAGAGCUGUGGAAUGUGGCAUACGAAAGGCUGCGAGAGAAGAAUAGCGCAUUGGUUGCCGAAUAUGAAUCAACCCUCAAAGGAGUUGUCGCCGCUGGUGUGGCACAAACCCUAAGCUUCAAGGCAAAUAUCAGGGAGCAGAUGUGGACGAUCCUUCAAAAACGUAUGGAGGAGGUGAACGAUAAUACAAAGCUCAAAUUAGGCGAUCAUGAGGUUCAAAUGAAAAAUAUCUCACAGCUUAUUUUGAACGUUAUAAACUCUGCAAACAACUACGUUAGUCAGGCCGUCAGUGCGAACCCGUUCGCCUCGAUAGCCUGGACAGGAAUCAGCUUUUUACUUCCAUGGAAUGACUGGGAGCAACUCAUAAGCGAUGUCCGGGAAAAGGAGCAGAGUUUUGCCGCAGUUGAGCAGAUCUGGCGUGACAUUCGGCAUGCUGAGGAACAGUUGGCAAACGAGAGUGCAGCUGCUCAAAAAGAACACAGAGAGUUCCUGAACUGGCUGAGCGAUGUUGAUCCCUCUUCAACAUACAAUGAUGCACUCGUUAGGUAUGAGAAUGGCACUAAUGAAUGGCUUCUCAAAGGUAGUGAGGAAUUCAAAGCCUGGGAAACAAAUGCUAAUUCACUGAUAUGGCUUCAUGGCAAGGCUGGCUCCGGGAAAUCAGUUUUAACAUCGUCAGUCAUCAACUACUUGAAAGAUCGACAUACUUUAAAGCCUUCUACUGCUCUGGCGUAUUUUUAUUUUAGCUUCAGUGAUAUAAAGAAGCAGCAAGUUAACGAAAUGCUUGCGUCACUUAUCAAGCAAAUCUGUUCUAACAGGUUUGAUGUAUCGCAAUUAGAUGCUAUUAAACGCCUUAACGACUACAAAAUGAAAGGCCAGCGCCCGGACACGCAAACACUUGAGACGGCGCUCUUAUCCUCUACGUCGGGAUGCUCUGCUGUAUAUAUUAUCAUCGAUGGCUUGGAUGAGUGCCCUUUACUUGGGGGGCAGAGGGAACAGCUCCUGAAAAGCUUGCGCCGUAUUUUAGCAGCUGCAUCUGAUAAUUUUCAUAUAUUCUUAACGAGCCGCAAGAAGCCAGACAUUAAUCUUAGAAUACGCCCUCUUUUAUCUUCACCAGCGAAAAUCGAGAUCGAUCUAUUAAGCCAUCAGCAAGCUAUCGAUGACGAUAUCCGGCAGUGUAUAAAUGUGACUCUGGCAACCGACGACUUCGAUACAUGGCCGGAGGAAGUAAAAGAAGAAGCAAGACAGUUACUUGCUCAAAAAGCAGACUGCAUGUUCCAAUAUGUUCGAUUUCAGCUAGAGGCACUUCGAAUGCCGUCGUCUAUAGCAGAAAUUCGCAAAGCUCUCCAAGACCUUCCUGCUGGACUUGACGCAACAUAUGACCGAAUACUCCAGAAUAUUGAUACUAGGUUCCAAAGCCAGGUUAUAAAUACCCUAAAAUGGCUUGCGUUUUCGAAGACGAUCCUGACUCAUAAAGAACUCUCUGAUAUCUUCAUAAUUCACCCAGACAAUGAUGUUGUCUUUGAUGAGACGGAGCGGCUCUUUACUUCUACCGAUGUAUUGAAAUAUUUCUCUGGCCUUAUCAUUACCCUACCGGUUCAUCGCAUGGGCUCAGCCGGUGAAUCUGCCUACAAGGAGACUUAUUUUGAAGUCGGUUUGGCUCAUUUUUCUAUAAAAGAGUAUUUGACGUCUCGCCGAAUAGCAGGAAACCCUACGUCUGCUUUCUCAUUCACAGAAGCCGACGCUCACUUAUAUAUUGCAAAAUCAUGCCUCGCCUACCUUAACCAUGUCACAACCAUGAAUAAAAUAAGUCGGAGAAAAUAUUUUGAGAGUAUGGAUAGCUUUCCCUUGCUAGGAUAUGUCACUGUGUACUGGGCACUUCAUCUGGAAGAGGUCCCACGUACAUCAUGGCCAGCCAACCUUGCAGAAGAUGCGGCACUCGCGCUCGCUUUUCACAGCCGAAAUCUACAGCUUCGGUUCAAUCAGGAAGCGAAUACUUCGACGAAUCCACAUAUGCUACAUGCAUCUUUGAAACCACAUUGUUACACUGCCCAGCGUGGUUUACAUCAGCUGACUGAGCUCCUGAUCUCUCAAGAAUUUGGGGCAAAUAAGUAUUUGACGCAAGAGGAUCUGGAUUUUGGUCUUUAUUUUGCAGCCCAUGAGGCGCAUUUAGACCUUGUACGGCUUUUUCUCAAAGCAGGCGCCAACAUUAACACCCGUUGCGACGGCUGGGGUUCAGCUCUUGAUGCCGCAACGGAGGGCCAACACUUUGAUGUUCUAAAGUUCCUCGUAGAUGGCAACCGUUCCCAGAAUUCACUUAGUUAUUCAUUAUGUCGGGACGCCCGAAGUGUGAAGAUUCUCCUUGAUGGUGGCGCAGACAUCGAUAAACAAAUCGGAUCCUUGGGGACAGCGCUCUGCCUUGCGGUAAAGACCUAUGACUCUGCACUCUUCGACCUACUGCUAGAGAGAGGUGCCAAUGUCAAUGCCUCAGGGGGAGACUAUUGUACGCCGCUCCAGGCAGCUUUUAGUUUGAACGGAAAGCCAGAGCUCAUGCUUGAACGGAUUCAGAAGUUAUUAGACUGUGGCGCAGACCCCGGCAUUCAAGGCGGGCGAUAUGGAACAGCACUACAGGCUGCAUGUUGCUUCUCUUUAUAUUAUUCACGCGAUAUCGGAGUAAAAAUGAAAGCUGUACGGCUUCUUAUUGAGCAUGGCGCCAGUGUGAACGCCCAAGGGGGACGUUACGGAUCACCACUCCAUGCGGCAGCAUCGUCGUCACAUCCUCAGGCAACGCAGGUGAUCAAGCUACUCCUGGACAACGGCGCCGAAAUCGAUCAACCGGGUAACGAUGAUUGGAAAACUGCACUGCAAGUUGCUUGUUAUGAAGGGACAAUAGAAGUUGUGCGCUUUUUGCUCGGCUGUGGAGCUGAUGUGAACGCAGAAGGGGGUCGUUACGGUACGCCUUUACAAGCUGCGGCAGCUCGGCGCCUCAACGAGUUAUCAGUUCGUGAAAGUCUACAGACUAAACUCUUGAUCCUCACAUUGCUCAUAAACGAGGGCGUCGGUGUAAACGAACACUGCGGAGCCGCGCUAUGGGCCGCCGCUUUGGAAUCGCCUCAUGAGGAAAUCUUCGACUUGCUCCUUGCACAUGGUGCGGAUGUCAACGCAUGCGCCCAAGACGGCGAAACGGCACUGAUAGCCGCCUGCAGGAGUCUCAAGAAUGACACGGCAUGUGUGCAGCUUCUGUUGAACCAUGGUGCUGAUGUAAAUGCGCACUCGGAUCAUUAUGGAACAGCCCUUAUAAGCACCUGUCAAGCGAAGCGUGGUUACCAUACACUCCAUGAUGACGAAUCUGUGGUGCAUGUGGCACGAUGGCUGCUCGACCGUGGUGCUGAUGUAAAUGAGCAACACGGGGAAUAUGGAACAGCACUCGAAGCUGCCUGUGCUUGGAACUUUGAGUUGGUUCAGUUAUUGCUUGAACACGGCGCAGAUGUUCAGCUCCAAGAUGGUGCCGCCUGGUACGCAGCAGCUCGUUCUGCUGACAUUCCCAGUCUUCAGCUUCUGCUUGAACAUGGAAUUGAUGUGAAUCAUGUUUCUCAAAAACAUGGGACUGCCCUGCAUGCCGCAAUGACAUGGAGUCAACGGGACCCGCUCGGAUAUUCCCCAGAUGAAUACCAACUACCAUCGCCUAAUCUGAUCGGCUUUUUACUUGAAAGCGGAAUUGACCCCAAUGUCACAAGUGAGAAUUUGGGUUCUGCGUUGCAAAUCGCAUGUGGAAAGGAAACCUCAUUCAGCAAUGGAGUUUUGGAAAAUGAUAUCUUUGAAAUCCCCCCCAGAGCACAAUGGCUCCUCGAACAUUGUCCUAAUAUUAAUGUAAAUGCACGAGGCGGUUUCUUCGGCUCGGCUUUGCAGGCAGCUGCUUACACGGGUCGGACUCUUUUAGUAAGGAUAUUGCUAGAGAAAGGAGCCAAUAUUAACGCACGCGGCGGAAACUAUCAAAGUGCGUUGAAUGCGGCUGUUGUCCGUGGAUGCUGGGAUAUCGUUGAGAUUCUCCUGAAAGCUGGUGCAACACCUGACUGUCAAUUACAACUGCAGCCUGAUGAGGAGUGGCUUCGGAGUGUAUCAGAAAAGGAUGGCCGAGGUGCUGUUGAGAGGUAUAGGAAGUUCUGGGAGGUGGAAAUGAAAGAGAGAGAAAGGAGCUGCUCAGGUUAG